GAGUCGAUAAAAUAGGUUUGUGAACAGCUGCCAUCGAAUGCUUGUGGUUCAACAACGCCAUAACGACGGGAAAAGGACUGAAUGUACAUAUAUCCCUGCAUAGUGCUUAACACAGUGCAGCAGUGCGUAUUUACACAACUCGCAGCCCAGUUUUUUCAAUGCGACGAUGAACCCUGGAGGCGCACUUUGAAUGCACAUGCAUUGUCCUUGGCCUGUGGCUAAAAAUAACCUAUCGCGUUCGUGUGACAACGAAAGCCUCGUUACCCUGUGAAGUAAAUCUGGGUUGAACAGUGGAUUGGGAGUGUGGUCCGAGGAUAGAGUAUACGGAGAGACACAGGGUAACAAUGUUGGAAGAAGUUUUCACCGGAUAUGCGACUCCGAUUCUGGUAUCAGGGAUAUGUCUGCUUGCACUGUGGUUCAGUACCAGACGUCCAUCCGGGCUUCCUCCUGGGCCGAGACCUUUACCUGUCUUAGGCAACCUGCUGUCCUUGAAACCUGACUUUAGGGAACAGUUUCAAGCAUGGAGAAAACAACACGGAGAUUUGUUCACUCUCUAUCUAGGCAACCGUUUAACUAUAGUGUUAAACGGAUACGAUGCAGUGAAGGAGGCACUGGUGAAGAAUAGCGAGGUCUUCGCCGUGAGGCCCUACGCAGUUGUGUUUGACGAUCUUUUCAAGAACAAGGGAGUGAUAUCAAGCAAUGGGGACGUGUGGAAGGAACAGAGAAGAUUAACCCUCUCCACGCUGAGAGACUUUGGAAUGGGGAAAAAUAUGCUUCAAGAAAAGAUCAAUGAGGAGAUUAGGGUUUGUCUUGAGGUUAUCGCAGACCAGAAGGGACAGAAGUACGACACUAAUCAUAUUAUCCAGACAUCUGUGUCGAAUAUUAUUUGUUCUAUGGUGUUUGGGAGACGAUUUCAGUAUGACGAUCCACUGUUUAUAGAAUAUCUGAGAAGGACAGACGAGAACUUCAAGGCAGCUGGGAGGCUUGGCGGUCUCAACUUCAUCCCAUUUGCAAAGCAUAUUCCUGGUGACCUUUUCCUGUAUCACAAGACAGCUGAGAACAUUGCGUUUUACGAGGACAGGCUGAUAAAACCUUCCAUUGAAGAACAUCUCAAGGCUUUUGAUGAGAAUAACAUCGACGACUUUAUCGCUGCAUACAUCAGAGAGAUGAAGGUUAAGGAGAAACAAGGCGUGGAGACGUCCAUUGGAUAUGACAAUCUGGUAAAGGUCAUCGGAGAUUUGUUCAUUGCUGGGACCGACACCACGUCUACUACCAUUCAGUGGAUACUGUUGUAUCUAACAGUUCAUCAAGACAUCCAGGCUAAAUGCUUCAAGGAAAUCGAAGACAAUAUUGGAACACAGAAACUGCCCGGGAUGACUGACAAGCUGAAGCUUCCUUACAUAGAAGCAACCAUUACAGAAGUACAGAGGAUCGCCAAUAUUGCUACCAUAGCUGGAUUCCAUGGCGUCACCGAAGACAUAGUAUUCAGAGGAUAUCGCCUCCCCGCUGGGUGCAUUAUCUUCCCAAACUUAGACUCUGUCAUGAUGGAUCCUGCAAUUUGGGAAAAUCCUGGACAAUUUCGACCAGAGAGGUUUCUCGGUGCGGAUGGUAAAUUCACCAAACCCGAGGAAUUCAUCCCGUUCUCAAUGGGUAAGAGGGCGUGCCCAGGAGAGUCACUUGCCCGGAUGGAGCUGUUCCUGUUCAUCACGGGUCUCCUCCAACGGUUUCAAUUCUUGCCACCGGAAGAUGAACCGCCGCUCUCGAUGGAGCCCGUGCCUGGAGCAGUGCUGAAGUCUCAACCCUUCAAGGUCGUGACUGUACCUAGGAAUUAGAUUGUGUCGCUGUGUACUUUAUAACUGAACAGGGAUCGUGUAAUUAUGUUUGAAAUAUCACCAAGAGGGUUAGUUAUUUUUGUUAUACGCAAACCCGAUCACCAAUUACAUUUUCGAAUGUAUAUAUGUUUAACGUGUAUCAAAACAAAACGCAAGGAUGUAGGGGUGGGGUGGAUGAUAUGUUUGCUGGUUCCGUGUAUGCAUUGGAGAUUAGCUGUUGGUACAGACUGAUGCAAGGUAUAGUUGCCUGUAGCUCUUAUCUUACCAUUACUCUUGUAUGAAGCCAAUGGAAUUAAGAGAGGUAAACAAGUAUUAAAUUUU